GUCCGGCAGUGACGUCACGGCUCAUGGCGGCUGUGUGAGUCUCCUGGAGGCGGGGAGAGGAAGUCCUUAUUUCGGAGUUCCCACGCGGCGAAGAUGGUCGUCCUCACGCUGAAAAACUUGCAGCAGCAGACCUUCUCCGUGGAAAUUGAAUUAUCGGCCACGGUUAAAGCCUUGAAGGAGAAGGUUGAGAAGGAGAAGGGAUCAGACUAUCCAGCUGUAGGUCAGAAGUUAAUUUAUGCAGGUAAAAUCCUCCAGGAUGACUCAACACUUGACUCCUACAACAUCGACGAUAAGAAGUUCCUGGUCAUUAUGGUGACGAAGCCUAAGCCUGCACCACCACCUUCUGGGCCUUCUGAUCCCAUGGAAACAGGGGAGGCGGGGGAAACCACCACAGAAGCGGCUGCCACCACUGCACAGAGCACAACUCCAGCUGCUACAACUGAAGCCUCCUCCACCUCAACUUCUUCCACCACUGCCACCACUACCACUACUACCACCUCAGCAUCAUCUCAACCUGCAGACACUCCGACAACCCAAUCUGGACCAACCACACAGCCCUCCUCAGGAGGGUCUGUUGGGGGUGCGGAGUCCUUGAUAGUGGUGGGCGAGGAAUUCAACCGCAUGGUAGAGAAUAUAAUGGAGAUGGGUUAUGAGAGGCCUCAGGUAGAGCGGGCCUUGAGAGCGAGUUUCAACAAUCCAUACACGGCGGUGCAGUACUUGGUGGAUGGUAUUCCUGCCAACCUGGAGGAACCAGCUGGCCAGCCUGCGGGUGCUGGUGGUGAGGGUGGUGGUGGGGUUGAGUCACUCCCUGCGGGAGUGGGGAGUGAGCUAGAUAUUGAAGCAGACCCGCUUAGCUUCUUCCGGUCUCAGCCGCAGUUUGAACAGAUGAGACAGAUGAUAAGGUCAAAUCCAUCUUUGCUGGAUGCAUUCAUCCAGCAGAUUGGGCAAACUAACCCACAACUUCUACAGACAAUUCAACAGAAUCAGGAAGCCUUUGUUCGGAUGCUAAAUGAAGGAGGUCCUGGAUCAGGAAGUGGCAACACUGGUGGAAGUACUGGAGCUCAGGGUAGUGGGGGUGGUGGAGGAGGUGGUGGUGGUGGUAGUGGUGGACGUGCUGCGCCUGGCCAGACUGCAAUCUUCCUCUCUCCACAGGAUAGGGAUGCCAUUGACAGGCUUAAGGCUCUUGGCAACUUCCCAGAAGAUGUGGUUGUUCAGGCUUACUUUGCCUGUGAAAAGAAUGAAAAUUUGGCAGCUGAGUUUCUCUUCAGCCAGACCUGGGACUAGGCCCAGCUGGCAGGGGUGUCUGACCACGACCUGUCAGGGGCAGGAGGGAGAGAGACUGCCGUGUGUGUUGCGGCCAAUCUUUUGGACAACUCACUUGACUGUUCAGUGGCUUGUUAUUUCCAAAUUCUCACGGAAAAGUCAGCAAGUGCAUUCACCAUUACAUAAGUUACAUCCAUAAAAUAAUGUGCAUUUGACAUACUACUGCUGUAGUUUUUCCAUAAUGGCGACGAGACAGUCUGUGGUUGACACACACACACACACACACACACACACACACACACACACACACACACACACACACACACACACACACACACACACACACACACACACACACUUACAGGAGUAUGUGUUUUAGUGUAGGCCAGGCAACCUGCACUGUUGUUAUGUGGUUGUUUGCUUCCCACACCCAGCCAGACCUCCACCAUUCCUCUCUGUACAUAAUACAGAUAAGAGCUUUCAUGCACGCCCAGCCUCCCCUCUUCUAGCUUCAUGCUGGAGGAGGGUAAGACUAGUGCAUUGUUGCCCCUUGGCUGCUUGCCUUGUGGUAGCACAGAGAGACGGUUGGAGUUGUUGUGUCUAGCAAGAAUAUUCAGGUAUUCCAUCCAAAACAUUAAUUUCAAAAUUAGUUAUUUAUUUCCUCUGGUUUCUGAUCUUUAUAAACUGAAAUGUCUUACACUGAUCAUUUUCUAAAUGCUUUAGGUUGACAUUUAACUGUUCUAUAGUCAUAUUCCAGCUAAGUCAACUCUGAGUGAACAUGGAGUCUGCUUGUGCUGGCCAGAAGUCCUCACUUUGGGUGCAGCUUGCAAACUAUCAAAGAAAAUUAUAGCAUCUUGCUUCUCUGUGAGAAAAUGAAAUGUAGAUUUUAUUGCUCAAUUUCAUAUUCUUAAACUAUAGAUUGGUAUAUUAUAUAUGUAAAAAUUCAGAGGUCAAGAAGCAACGUGUUGUUGAUAAUGACGUACUGCUCUUAGUUUGAGAAGCUCAUAAUUUUUGGCUCCUUGUGGAAACUGGUGAAACAUCUCUGAAUGUCAUUAGGGUUGCUUCAUCAUUUUUGCUGUACACAAGUGAAAUCAUGGUAUUUUGUUUGUUGUUUAGUUAGAGCUAAUUUUCUCCCUCAUGACCUUGAAGCAUGGAAUGUUGGUUGAGGCAUGCAGUGCAGCGCUACUCUCAACACCCCAGUAAGGCUGACCAUACAAAGAAAUAAUGAGUUGCUAGCAAGCACUUGCAGAGUAUUGAGCAACCAGGCUAAAUUAUUGUGGGAUAAGUCACUGUUGAUUAAAGAUGAUUAUGCAUACAUAUAUAUAUACGUAUAUAUAUCUAUAUAUAUUAUUUUCCUGUUGUGCAGGAAACCUAGUGCCCAAGCUGCCCCCAGCCCCUACCUUGAGCCCGCCUCAGUGGUCAUGGGUAUGCUUAACUUUAUUAAUUAACAGCAGGUGCCCAUCACCACUACCAGUACUAACCACUUCCAACACCACAUUGCCAUCCGGUUGCUCACAACUGCCUGUGCUGCCACACAUCAAAGUGAUCACAUCUAGAUAGAAUAAGUUGCCACUGCUCUCCCUAGGCCUUACUUCUAUAGGGAGGCAUUUUGUAAAAAAAAAAAAAAAAAAAGAAAAGAAAAGUAUUUGUUGAUAUUUCUUGUGAAGAGGAAUAUGACCAGCAGGUUCAA